AUGUAUGUCUUUAUCUGCAAUUUAGCUAUAGUAGACUUGUUAAUUACUACGAUUGUCAUUCCAAAAACACUAGCAAAUUUAAUGUUUAAUCUGAACACAAUUUCAUUUUCUGCUUGUUUUAUUCAGUCUUUUGCCUACUUACAUGGUACUACUGUCCAGCUACAUAUAUUGGCAGCCAUGUGUUAUGACCGUGUCAUAGCAGUUUGUAAUCCGUUACAAUAUGUCACAGUUAUGAGCAACAAAUUAGUGAUCACACUGUUGGCACUUUCCUGGACAGUGGCAUUGGUGUUUCCAUUGUUUAUCAUGUGCUUUGCUCUUCAACUGUCUUUUUGUGGACCAAACAAAAUACCAAACUGCUACUGUGGUCAUGCUUCACUAAUCAAAAUGUCUUGUACUGACUAUACUGUCAAUAGUGUUUUAGGUUUGGUUUUCGGUCUUGGUCUCUUAAUUCUUCAUACCAUUAUUUUCAUUAUUUCAUAUGGUAAAAUUAUUGCUGCUGUCCUAAAAAUAAAAAGUACAGCUGGGCACAUGAAGGCCUUUUCAACUUGUGGGGCUCAUCUUUUUGUGGUGAUUACGACGCUGCUUUCCGCUGCCUUUGUCUAUGUCACUUCUCGAAUACCGUCAUUCUCUAUGGAUGCUCGUCUCAUGGUUGCUACUGUUCAAAACCUCCUUUGUCCGGUGAUAAAUCCCAUUAUUUACUCUUUGAUGACUAAAGAGAUUAUAGAAAGCAUAAAGAAAGUAAUUCAAAAAAAUAUUAUAAAACAUUUUCAAGAAUAA